AUGUGUGGCAUCUUUGGUUACGUGAACUACCUGGUGGAGAAGGACCGCAAGUUCAUCCUCGACACCCUCGUCAAUGGCCUGUCCCGUCUCGAGUACCGUGGCUACGACUCCGCUGGUCUGGCCGUCGACGGUGACAAGAAGAACACAGUAUUCGCCUUCAAGGAGGUUGGCAAGGUCGCUAAGCUCAAGGCUCUCAUCGAGGAGGAAAAGCCAGAUCUCACCAAGGUCUUCGACUCACAUGCCGGCAUUGCCCACACUCGAUGGGCCACCCACGGUCCCCCCUCCCGGCUGAACUGCCAUCCCCACCGAUCCGACCCCACCUGGGAGUUCUCGGUCGUGCACAACGGUAUCAUCACCAACUACAAGGAGCUCAAGACUCUGCUCAACGCCAAGGGCCUGAAGUUCGAGACCGAGACCGACACUGAGUGCAUUGCCAAGCUCCUCAAGUACAUCUACGACCAGCACCCGACCAUUGGCCUCGUCGACCUCGCAAAAGCCGUCAUCAACGAGCUUGAGGGUGCCUACGGUCUGUUGAUCAAGUCGGUUCACUACCCCCACGAGGUGGUUGCCGCCCGCAAGGGUUCUCCCCUUGUCAUCGGUGUCAAGACCCAGAAGCGCAUGAAGGUCGAUUUCGUCGAUGUUGAGUACUCGGAGGAGGGUGCCCUCCCCGCUGAGGCCGCCUCCCAGAAUGCUGCUCUCCAGAAGACCUCGGGCAACUUCUUGUCCCCCAACAACGCCAUGCUGACGGCCCCUGACAAGUCGCUCCUCCACCGCUCGCAAUCCCGCGCCUUCAUGACCGACGACGGCAUGCCCAUGCCCGCCGAGUUCUUCCUCUCCUCCGACCCCGCUGCCAUCAUUGAGCACACCAAGAAGGUCAUGUACCUGGAGGACGACGACAUUGCCCACAUCCACGAGGGCUCCCUGAACAUCCACCGUCUCAAGAAGGCCGACGGCAGCUCCAACGUCCGAACCAUCCAGACCCUCGAGCUGGAGCUUCAGGAGAUCAUGAAGGGCAAGUUCGACCACUUCAUGCAGAAGGAGAUCUUCGAGCAGCCCGAGUCCGUCGUCAACACCAUGCGAGGACGUCUGGACACGGACAACAAGACCGUCACCCUCGGUGGCCUCAAGUCGUACAUUGCCACCAUCCGGCGAUGCCGACGCAUCAUCUUCAUUGCCUGCGGUACGAGUUACCACUCUUGCAUGGCCGUCCGCGGUAUCUUCGAGGAGCUCGCCGAGAUCCCCAUUGCCGUCGAGCUGGCGUCGGACUUCCUUGACCGACAGGCCCCUGUCUUCCGUGACGACACCUGUGUGUUCGUCUCGCAGUCUGGUGAGACUGCCGACUCGUUGAUGGCCCUCCGAUACUGCCUGGAGCGCGGUGCCCUGACUGUCGGUAUCGUCAACGUUGUCGGUUCCUCCAUCUCGCUCCUCACCCACUGCGGUGUCCACGUCAACGCUGGUCCCGAGAUUGGUGUUGCCUCCACCAAGGCCUACACCUCCCAGUUUAUCGCCAUGGUCAUGUUUGCCCUGUCGCUUAGCGAGGACCGCGCAUCCAAGGCCCAGAGGCGGGUCGAGAUCAUGGAGGGUCUCGGCAAGAUCUCGCAGCAGAUCAAGCAGAUCCUCGAGCUUGACCAGCCCAUCAAGGAGCUUUGCGCCAAGACCUUCAAGAACCAAAAGUCGCUGCUGCUGCUCGGCCGUGGCAGCCAGUUCUCCACCGCUCUUGAGGGUGCCCUGAAGAUCAAGGAAAUUUCCUACCUUCACUGCGAGGCUGUCAUGUCUGGUGAGCUGAAGCACGGUGUCUUGGCUCUUGUCGAUGAGGAGCUUCCCAUCAUCAUGAUCUUGACCCGUGACGAUCUCUUCAAGAAAUCGCUCAACGCUUAUCAGCAAGUCACUGCUCGUGGCGGCAAGCCCAUUGUCAUCUGCAACCCCAGCGACGAGGAGUUCCAGGCCAACCAGGCCGAGAAGAUCGAGGUCCCCAAGACCGUCGACUGCUUGCAGGGUCUUCUGAACGUCAUCCCUCUGCAGCUGAUUGCCUACUGGCUGGCUGUCAUGGAGGGCCUGAACGUCGACUUCCCCCGUAACUUGGCCAAGUCGGUCACUGUCGAGUAA